AUGAUUACACCCAAUGACCGCGUUAACGAAAAUGAAGAGUACAAAAAAAUCUUUUACAUUGAAGGUGAAAGUUUAUAUUGUACUUUCUGUAAAUGUAUCAUAAAUUAUAAAAAUAAGUUUUUACUUGAUCAACAUCUAAAAACUGAUAAACAUAAAACCAACAAACAUAAAGCCAAAGGAAAUCCACAAGAAAUUAAUAAACCGGCUCCUAAUAUUAAUACUUGUCGAGAAGAACGUGAUGCAAUUAAUAUAGAUUUAAUUCACGCUUUAACUCGAUCUAAUAUUCUACUUGAGAAAGUUGAUAAGCUUAAACCAUUUUUCUUGAAGUACU